AUUCGAUUUGCCUGCGAUGAACGCACUGCUCGGGGAGCUGCGCAUGCUCAAGGUGCUGCACCAGCAGUCGGGCGUGUGUCUGUUCACGCACCAGUGGAAGUGGAACCCGCAGGCGCAUGCUGAGGGCGUGGACGCGCUCGUCAUGUCCUUCACGCAGUUCGCGCGCGAGAUCGACGGCGGCGAGGUGGUGCAAGCGCACUUCGACCCAAGCAGAGCAGACAAGAAGGACCGAUCAGGGAGUAACCCAAUGCCGUCCUCUGCAGGUGGCCUCGUCAUGAUCUCACUCCAGAAUGAGAACAUCCAGGCGGUUCUGUUCCAUGACCGAACGUCCGACGCGGCAUGUGCCGCUCUCAAGGUUUUCCUGCAGAGAAUUUUGCAGCGGUUCGCCGAAGUGUUUGAGCACGAGCUGGAGCAAUUGCAGCCGCAGUUGCAGGCGAGCGCGACACCCACCGCCGACGAGCGCGAGGCAGUGGAAGCUCCGUUCCGGAGAUUUGAGGCGGAACUCAACAACCAGUUGCUGCAAACCAAUGGUGACGUCGGCUUGCAAUGAGCUGGCGAUUUGGCUUUGAGCAUUUCCUACUUUUUUUUACCAGAAUACAUUACUUAGGCAACCAAACGGAGUCGCAGCAGUGAGCUGUGACUUGUAGUGGUUGAAGGGACAUACUGAUGACGACUCUGGUA